AUGACAUCCAUCGGCACCGGCUAUGACCUUUCGAAUUCAGUCUUCUCUCCCGAUGGUCGCAACUUUCAGGUCGAAUAUGCCGUGAAGGCGGUUGAAAAUGGAGGGACUGCCAUUGGUAUUCGCUGCAAGGACGGCGUUGUGCUGGCGGUAGAAAAGAUUAUCACCAGCAAGCUUUUAAAGCCGGGUGCAAACAAAAGAAUCGCAACGGUGGACCGCCAUGUUGGUGUCGUAUCAGCAGGUCUUGUCCCUGACGGUCGGCACUUCGUUUCUCGGGCUCGUGACGAAGCUUCCUCGUGGAGAAACGUGUACAAGGGACCCAUCCCAGUCUCCGCGCUAUCAAACCGCCUUGGCAGCUAUGUUCAGGCGUAUACCCUUUAUUCCAGCGUACGGCCCUUUGGUGUAACCGCCAUCAUCGGUGGCUGGGACUCGGAGGCCGAGCUUGCUGUUGACGGUCAGGUUGGAAGUGGGCCUGAUUCAGGGUCUGGCGGCCGAGUGGAAGGAGCUAAAGCUGGUGGUCCGGGCCUUUACAUGGUUGAACCAAGUGGUCUCUAUUGGGGCUACUACGGCGCUGCCACUGGGAAGGGAAGGCAAGCUGCCAAAGCUGAACUUGAGAAAUUAGAUCUGGCGUCUGGGGGUCUGAGCUUAGCUGAGGGAGUGAGAGAGGCUGCUCGUAUCAUCUACGUUGCCCACGAAGACAGCAAGGACAAAGAGUUUGAGCUUGAGAUGUCCUGGAUUAGCUCGCUAGAUGGGCCCACCAAGGGCAGACACGAAGAGGUACCGAAAGAACUGCUUGAAGAAGCCGAAACGGCAGCCAAGACAGCCCUGGAGGAUGACGAGGGUGAUGAGACGACGAAAGGCGAGAGCGAGCGAAUGGAGGAAUAG